UUCUUUUUUUUUUUUAUUUUAUCUUCGAUGCUCGUGUUUGAUCCUCUAUUGUUGAAAGUGGUAUCUAUUUUUAGAGGGACCAGUUCUUCUUUUUAGUCCAUAAAAGACGGUCGGAUUUGACGUUUACGUUCGUUCUUAUGGUUAUUAGGAUGCUUGCCCGUAAUUAAUGGGACGUGGGAUUCCCAUCAACAUUGGAAUUUUUCAAUUGUUUACGCGUGUUCGAUAAAACAAUUUUAAUGGUAUCUUGCUACACUGCAUAGGAUCGUAGGAUGCUGCUAAUCCAGCUUGUAAAGAAUGACGCGAUUACGUUUGCAAUACACGCGGUAACGCGUGCGAGAAAAGAAGCGAUUAUUUCAAGGACUGCAGGCUUGUUGCGCUAGUAACGAUGCGCUUUAUUUGUCUCUCAUUUUUUCCUCGUUCAAACUAGAGACACAGAUCUAUGAAAAUGAAUUCUCGCUAGAAAAUCUUCAGUGAAGAGACAAUAGAAUAAUUCUAUGGAAACUUUGACAAUUGCAGAUAAAAUUCAGAUGGUGUUAUUUUAUAAAUAGAGCCUUUAAAACUGUCUUUAUAACGCAAUAUUGUUUAUGAGUAUUUUCAUUUAGAAGUCGGUCAAAUGGUGAAAAGUUUAUAUAAUUAUAGAAUGUGUUAUAUAAGAUAACACGGUAUUAAUAAUAUUGACAUAUCCAAUUAAUUUUAACGCGUUGAAUGCUGUGGGUGCCCCCAGUGACCAGUGUCAUAAAUAUAAUUCAAUAAUUGAAAAAAGAUUACAGAAAAUUUUAAAUAGAAUUUAUAUUAAUUUCACAAGAUAGCUGAUGGAAAGUUGAAAAUAGUAAUUAAAAUAAUAGCAAUUAAAUCGUGGCGUAUUUAACACGACCGUGUUCACUGCAACAUUUAACACGUUAAUAUCAUAAUUGUGUAUGAAGUUUGAGAAUCGAGCUUAGAUUGUGCAACGACAGUGAACAAGCUUCUUAUCGGACGGCACUGUAAAGCACAGCAACAAUGUAACAGGCUAAUUAAUCGUCCCCGAAGGUAUCAGUUAAUUACUCGGGUUAUCUGCUGACGCUAAACGAGCCGACGCUUUCGUCGUUAGCUUGAAAUAAUAUUAUAAUGUUUCUCGUGGGUUAUUCAUGGUUAGCUCGCGACCACGGGAGAUUCAUUUCGUCGCGUUAUAUUUCCAGCACUAAACGGGAACGUUUGCCAGUAGAAACUGGGAUUUAUAGGAGCUGCGCGAAGGCGACGAUGCGAACCGGUCUUUCGCGACGAUACGACCGCUUAAUUAAUUUGUCAUUACUUAAGGAAGACGUUCGACGAUAAAAUUUAGCGACGUCUAGACACCCGUGGUGUUUCGCGUAGCUCGGAUCAACGGGGAAAUUGUCAAAUCGAAUUGAAAAAAGGAAAAAAAUUUCGCUUCUUCCCGGUCUAUGCAUCAUACGAAUUUUCGUCGAGCUUGUUCGAACCAGUCGUAUGUGGUUAGAAAUCAAUCUUAUACUAUGCGUCAUUAAAACUCUACGAUGUUUUCGUUAUAAUGUAUAUUAUGAAUGGAAAGCAGCAUUUUAGCAUAAAGGAAUUUCCCUAGAAUAAAAUUUCAAUACUUCCUUGUUUUACGUGGAUUUGUUUCCAGAAAUAUCUCAACCCGAAAUCAAAAGCGUAAUCUGUUUCCUGAAUUUCUAUCAAUUCAUCAAUUUAAUUUCUUUUCUCCAGCUUGUUACAUAAUCGCGAGUUUUACGGAAAGGUGGCAUCAAUUUUGUCAAACGAACCGAACAGGAAAUCUCGUUAAUCGGAAGCGGGCACGCUUACUUGCGUCGGGAUUUAUCAGGCGUAUAUACACGGGUUCGGUUCCCGCGCACCGAUGAAAUUAAUACGUGGUCGACGCUGUAAUUAGCGCUCGUAUUUAUGCGGCUCUUACGAGGCGGGCACUGUUAACAUGGUAAUGGCGUUACACCGUUGUAAACACGACAUGUUAUCUCGGUUGACUUCAGCGAGAUUCGUACAAGAAACGGCGAGCAAGAAGCUUUUGAAAUUCGAGACAGUUUUUGUUUUUUCGAGAAUUCAAAGAAUUCUACGAUUUUUUAAAGAAUCGUUUCAGAAUUUUUUGAUACGUUAAUCCGUUAACUAGGGAUAAAAAGUUAAUUUAAUGCCUAAACUAAUACUAGAAAAAUACUGAGACAUAUAAUUGAAUAACAGUAAAAAUGUACCGUAUGUAUGUCAGUUAUUAACAUAAAAUUAUUAACCAACCACUGAGAAGUUAAUUAUCACGUUUCAACUUACACGUUUUCUGCGUUAAACUCUUUGCCUUUUCAAUUACUUUUUCCUCCAAAUUUCUGCUGAAAACUUUCUACACGACGGAUUCUUGUUCUCACCAAUUUGACGGACGAUAAACGGAGAAGCAACGAUCGAUGAUCCGUUUCACGAAGAUCCUGGAAAUCCACGAAGCGAGAAGAAAUUUUGAACGGAGUCGCAGGUUGUAAGACACGCACGAAAAUGUUGGGUCGCGACAUCGAACACGGAACAGACGGCUCGAGGGACCGGCGCGAACGGUUUACAUCGAGAGAUUAAAGAACAUCGAAUGGACGUGGGCGAUUUGUCCAGCUCGGCAGGAUUGGCUGGGAGCGGAUCCAUCCCUGCUGCAACGGGUGUUGGUAUCAUUACAAGUACGACAUCCGCCACCGUAGGGUGGUGGACGCCUACGUCGACGAUUGCCACGGCAGCGGCCAACACCGACGUGAUGAAUCAGCUCUGCAGGGUCUGCGGAGAGCCGGCCGCGGGUUUUCACUUCGGGGCCUUCACGUGCGAAGGUUGCAAGUCGUUCUUCGGUCGCACCUAUAACAAUCUAGGCAGCAUUUCCGAAUGCAAGAACGGCGGCGUGUGCGUGAUCAAUAAGAAGAAUCGCACCGCGUGCAAGGCGUGCCGUCUGCGCAAGUGUCUGAUGGUGGGUAUGUCGAAGUCGGGCUCCCGUUAUGGACGUCGCUCGAACUGGUUCAAAAUCCACUGCCUCCUUCAGGAACAGUCGCACCAGGCGCAGACGCGUCUGAUCAAGGACCCGAAGUCUGCUUACGAGAAGGCGUUCGGCUCGUUGGACGUUGCGAACAAUAACAACAAUAACGAGAACACUAGUAGCACGAGUGCGGCUAGCGUGGUCGGUAUGGUGACCACGACCACCACGACCGCGAACAGUUACCAUCACCAUCACCACCAUCAGCAGGACAGGUACCCGAAAAGGGAGGACAUGAGGCCGCAGGACAUCGGCUCGCAGUUGAGGACGCCCGACGUUCCGGCGAGACCGAGUCAGGAUCCUCUUUUGAGGCCAGUCGAUUUGGUACGAGCUUCUCACGAUCUGAUGAGGCCGGAAGUGUCCAGGUUCCCCAUGUGGAGAGGUCCUCCGUUCUUCCAUCCGGCAUUGACGCACAUGCAGCUGUUGAACGCGCCAUUCUUCCCGUUCCAGCAGCGAUUCAUCGUCCCCUACGUGAACCAGGUCGGUGCACCUCAAAUGGUCGCGAGUUUGACCAGUUCGUCGAGCGACAGCGUGAGUCCUAGAUCGACGCCGUCGCCGAAGAGGGACGAGGAGAACAGGAGUCCACGGGAAGAAUGCAGGGACGCGGAUGGAUCGUGUCAGAGGAGUCAAACGGAGACGCACGAUAAAAGUUUAGCGUUUCUGCGCUCCCUCGGCCCGGAACAGGAAGAACCGAUCGAUCUGAGCAUGAAGAGCGGACGAACGGACGGACAGGCGGUGGCGGAGGCUGGUAGCACGGAGGAAGAUAGGUCGACGGACAGCGAGGAGGAGCUGUUACAGGACACGGGGCCGCCCCUGGAUCUAACUAGAAAAACGUGACCCCGGAACCAGCUCGCGGACAGCUUUUGAUAGGAACUGGACUCCGGGCUGAAGUGCGUUGUCGACGGCGUUGUUCAGCAUUCAAUGUCAGUUUCGCACAGAGACCCGCAUUGUUGUCUUUUCACAAAGACAAGAAGAUGAAUCGCGACGUCCGUUCGAGUGCCCUGAAAAAAAAAGAACAGUUGGUUAGAAAAGGUAAUUUGGACCAAUUAUGCAAAGCGAAGAGUCUGCACAGUGGAGAGACCCGUACAGGAAGCACGAAGGAGCAGACGUCACUAGCCACGUGUUGCCUCGCACAAACGACUUUACGAUCAGCGAUCGGAUCGACGUAAAAUUGCUCAAGUCCUCGGCAUUAGCCGACACGGUCCCUUUGAUCGGCUUUCAGCUUUGCCAGGUGUUCAUUGACGGAGUGGUCGAAGAUCAAGCUCGAUAUAUCCUUUCGUAGCUAGAUGUACGACGGACGAUUGUGCCUUAACCGGUGCCUUUGAACUCUUUUACCGAGCAUCGAGAAAGAGAACGAGAGAGUGCCAGUAAAAACCACGUGAUAGUUUAACGUUAAAUAAUAACAACGCGCGUAUCAUCUGCAACGCGUGUCCACGUAGAUAAAUAUAUGUGUGUAUGUGUAUGUGUGCGUGCGUGUAAAUGCGAAAAAGUGGAAGAUCGGUGAGAGCGUACGAAGAAAGCGGAAGUGCUAAUGGCCAGUGUUUCGUUAAGCCGCAUCGAGAUUUCUUUUAUUUAUGUCAAGCCCUUUAUUUAACGCGAUCUAAUUAGGUAUUCGUGUCUGAUUGCUUGGAUGUUGGUGUGUACUAGCGAUCAAGUCCCUUCUUUAGGAAAAUUUUUCUCAUGUUUUUCAGGUUAUUUGAAAAUAUAAAAAUUGUAAAUCGACAAGAAAUUCUGAUUAAUGUGCACGUGUAACUCUGAAGUAACAUAUUAAAUUUUUGUUGUAAAUUCAACUUUUUCUUUCUCACCUUUUCAAACAUUAUGUUUCAAUUAUUUUACUGUGAUUUAGAGAUUUCUAUGGGUAUGGAUGAUUUAGAUUAGAGGAUGGCAGAGGGAGAGAUACAGAGGGGACGAUCGCGAUCGAACGAUACGAGUGCAAACGCUCGCCGAGUGUCCGGCGAAAAUACGAAGUAAAAUAAAGAAUACUGUAUAGCCAAUA